ACCCAUUUCUCCCUUUUUCUUGCCUUUUUUAAAUUUCACCCUCAUAUCUCCUUCUCCACGCCUCUGCCAACUUCAUCCCCUCUCUCCUUCUUUUUGUCUUGUAAUUUCCAUUUUCCCCUCCCUCCUAUAAAUCCCUCCUUCCCCUCCUCUUCACAUCUUCCUCUGCUUCCAUUUGUGGCUCUUGUGCAGCUUGCAGAGACCUGAAACCUGUCUGAAAUAGAGGAAUACCAGAAGGCGAUUAAUCAUAGGAAACAUUUAGGAAAUGUUAUGCUAGAUCACUUCAGUUUGGGUUAUAUUGUCAUUGUCUGUGCAUGCAGCUGAAUGUCUGGAUUUAUUUAAGAAGUUCCCAUUCUGGGUUUUGGGCGAGGAGCCAAGCAGCCAUUUCCAUCUCUGGGCACCUUCAUCUCCACACUGAGCCAGAGGAGGGACGCAGGGGGACGGGGCCUUGCUGGCGGCAUGACGGGUACAAUGGCCAACACCCAGUGGCUCAGACAUGGGAGAGAGCUGCCUCCAAUCUGCAGCGAUGUUCGUCAAAAGCAGCGGAUCUCCAUUGACACCCUGCCCCCAGAGGUCAAAGCUCCGUUCCCCUCUGACCCCAUCAUCCCCCUGCGGACCAAGACCACCAAGGAGUUUCAGGAGGACAUGGAGCGUGCCGUCCAAUCAGGUGACUGGAGGGAGGUCCGAGAGUUUUACCUGACCACCUUCGACUCCUUCAUAGAAAUCAACGCUGCCUUCAAGCGAGAGGCGAACGGAUCGUUUAACACCAUAGAUGAUUCAGGAGUCAACGCCAAGUUUGUCAAUGCUGUUUACGACGCACUGCUCAGCACACCUCAAGACAUCCAGAAGUCAGUGCUGAAAGGGAUCAUCAACAGCCUGCUGAGGGAGUGGAAAGGGCCUCGGACAAAAGAUGACCUGCGAGCUUAUUUCAUUCUUGUUCAGAACCCCCAGUAUUCCAACACCAGCACCUAUGUGAUCUACGCUCACCUGCUGAGGCAGAUCGCUGCUCUGUCUGAGGCCGACCACCACUUCCUGGUUCAUUGGCUUAAAAAGCUGUCAGCGAGGCGUUUCAGGCAGCUGGUAGAGCGCCUCCUGCAGUUCAUCUCCACCCGUCUGUUUCCUGCAGAACCAGACGAACUUCCUCCUCUAGCCAAGUGCUCCUGGUGGAUUCCCUCUGCUACCAAAGUCCUCGGCCUGUUCAAUGCAGCCAACAGUGUCUCCUCUACUCCCAUCAUGCCUUUCACGGACUUCUACAACAUCACUCUGGAGCACAUAGACUUCAUGGAGGAGUACAGGACCUGGCAGAGCUACGGCAACUCUAAUAGGUUUUCCUUCUGUCAGUUUCCCUUCAUCCUUUCAACGGUGGUGAAGAAAGCCAUCAUCCAGAAAGACUCUGAGCAACAGAUGAUCAGUCAAGCCAGGCAAAGCCUGGUCAGUAAAGUUUCUCGCAGGCAGAGAGUGGACAUGAACCUUCUGUUCCUCAACAUUAAAGUACGACGAGCACAGCUCCUCAGCGACUCACUGGAUGAGUUGACGAGGAAGCGGUGUGACCUGAAGAAGAAACUGCGGGUGACGUUUGUCGGGGAGGCGGGGCUGGACAUGGGCGGCCUGACGAAGGAGUGGUUCCUGCUGCUGGUGCGACAGAUCUUCCACACAGACUACGGAAUGUUCACCUACAUGAAGGACUCGCGCUGCCAUUGGUUCAGCAGCUGGAAGUGUGACAACUAUUCGGAGUUCCAGUUGGUCGGGACUCUGAUGGGCUUAGCAGUUUACAACAGCAUCGCUCUGGACAUCCACUUCCCCCUCUACUGUUACAGGAAGCUCCUCACUCCACCUACUGUACCAUGUGACCAAAAUGCACUUAUCGGCAUGGCAAACGCCACCCUGGACGACCUGCAGCAGAUCAUGCCGGAGCUGGCUCAUGGUUUGGGAGAGCUGCUGAGCUACGAGGGAAACGUAGAGGACGACUUCUACCUCACCUUCCAGGUGUUCCAGGAGGAGAUGGGCGUGGUGAAAUCCCACAACCUGAAGCCCGGAGGAGACAAAAUUCCCGUCACUAAGCAGAACAGGAAGGAGUACGUCCAGCUCUACGUCGACUUCCUGCUGAAUAAAUCCAUUUAUAAGCAGUUUGCUGCCUUCUACCACGGCUUCCACAGUGUGUGUGCCUCUGAUGCGCUCAUGUUGCUGCGGCCAGAGGAGGUGGAGAUGCUGGUGUGUGGGAGUCCAGAGCUCGACAUGAGCGCUCUGCAAAAAGCCGCACAGUACGAGGGAUACAGCAAGACCGAGACCACCGUACGGUGUUUCUGGGACGUGGUGUUGGCCUUCCCUCUGGAGCUCCAGAAGAAGCUCCUGCACUUCGCCACAGGAAGUGACCGCGUUCCCGUCGGAGGAAUGGCCGACCUCAACUUCAAAAUCUCCAAGAUCGACGUUUCAACUGACUGGUUGCCGAUCUCUCACACCUGUUUUAAUCAGAUCUGUCUGCCUCCGUAUCGAACCAGGAAGGAGCUCAAACACAAACUCACCAUCGCCAUCUCCAACGCUGAGGGCUUCGGCUUGGAGUGACCAGCCCACACACACACACACACACACACUCACACUUUCACACACACAGCCUAUUAGCAACACUAGCUAUCCGUCACAACUGCCGCACUGCACAUCAUGCAUCUCUGUGGUCGUGGAUCAGACUGUAGAGGAAACAAGGUUCUCAGCAAAUGGGUUCUAAUGUCAGACAAUAUUAUCAUGGACUGUAACGCAGUUUGUGUUGUUAUUUUGGAGUCGGGCUGAUGUUUGCUCAUGUCGAUGUUUUUUAAAUUUGCAGCAGAUGUGGGAACAUUCCCUGCAGAAAAACAGAGAAAUACUAGAAAUCCUUUAUUUGCACAUGGCUGUCUUAGCUCUUUGAUAAGACAACCCUGAAGGCAAUUAUAUUUUUGAGUUUGAGAAGAUAACUUUCAGUGUCAGCCUUCCAGGAACUCCACUGAUCAAAUCACAGUCACAGUUUCAUAAACUAACAUUUAAAUAUAUCAGGUCCCAUACCAUUAAAAACAUAUCAGUAUAUAUGUUUUUUUUUUAAACCUUGUAUCACUAAAUGGUUAACUUCUCUUAAAUUAUAAUAGGUUGAUGCUUUGCUCAGGUAAAUAUAAUCAAUAUAACUAUUUUUUUAACAGAUUACCAGGUACCUGCCGACCAAUGACAUUUACUUUUGUGACACUCUUUUCAAUGAGCCUCUAUUAUAAAGUCCUGAUAACUGAGGCAAAAAUCAGGCGUGAGUUCAAAAUACAUAUCCUCAAAUUACUUACAUUAAACUAGCAAUAUUAACACCCCUGAGUGUGAGGUAAAGAAAUAAUAAGAGGUAGAACAGUGUCAGUAAAAACUUAAAUUUUGGAGGGUACUCGAGAUUUAAUAUGUAUGUUUUGAUAUUUCCUGUUUUCUGUCAAUUCUGACUUCACUGCUUUGGUGACUUUUUGAAUAUAUUUUAAUGAAUGCAUAGGAAAUGUGUUUUAUAUCAUUUAGCUUAGCACAUGAUCAGGACAUAAAGCUUUGCUGGGAGAAGAAUGCUAUCGUGUAUCAUGAGAUAUAGAUUGUCUUGUGAGGUUUUGUUGUUUUUUUUGACAUUGCCGCCUGUUUAACUGAACAAAAGGCUGCAGCAGAAAUGUUUGUUUUAAUUGUUGUAAUAUUAUGGUACGGUUGAACCAGAGCUGUUGAUUCACAGUUCGGUGUUUGUUUAGGUUCUCUUAUGUUGUAUUGUUGUAUCAUGGCUGCCGUGAGGCUGAGAGAUGAGCAGCUGGUAGAUGUUGACUGGUAGUCGAGUGUUGAGUGUACAGAAAAUGAAGCAGGAUGGGAAAGAGGCCAUCUUCUUGAUGUCCUGUUCUGUUUCUGUAUGUACAUGUAGGUGAAUUGUCAGACUAGUUAUUUGAGGUUUGAGAUGUUUCAGUGAUUUUAGCUUCAGUACUUACUGAUUAUUACAUUACACCAUACACACAGUCCUGCAAAGCAGCGUCAGUUAAGCACCUACUUGUGGCAUUUAGUGCUUAUAGAUUUCCUUAUUCAUCCAAUCUUGGAAACACGACAACAUAUGUCCAUAAAUCCAAAUGACCACAUCAUUUCUUGCUGCCAAAGGUGGUCAUAGAUUUUAUUGCAGCAAUAUAUAAAAUGAUUCACAUUGUCUGCCUGCAUCCUUACUUAAUGGAAACGAGUGUCUCCAACCCAGUCACCAGAAAAAAUGUUGGCAUCAUACGUGCCUGCAAACCAUGUUACAUUUGCACCGUAUUAUGUAGCAGAUAUAUUGAAACUUUACGUUGCAACAAUGCUGUAGUUAAUGUGUGGUUAUGGUUAGGAAAAGAUCCUGUUUUGGCUUAAAAUACCCAGUUUUGGGGGGCACAAUCCCAACCAGAAGUGCAGUGAUUUAUCUGUAAAAAAAAAAAAAAAAAAAA